AUGACGGUCGUCUCUGAUAGAAUGACAAAAUUGUACUGCAAUAUCUUGCUGAACACAAACUCACUGCCUCCAUCGAAUCGGCGUUGCCUGAACGGGUGCACGAUGUCACCAGAAAAAGUGAAUUGGAAAGCGAAGACGAAUCGUGAAUCCAAGAAGACGAAUCGUGAAUACAAGAAGUCGAAUCGUGAAUCCAAGAAAUCGAGUCGUGAAUCCAAGAAAUCGAGUCGUGAAUCCAAGAAGUCGAAUCGUGAAUACAAGAAGUCGAAUAGUAAAUCCAAGAAAUCGAGUCGUGAAUCCAAGAAAUCGAGUCGUGAAUACAAGAAGUCGAAUCGUGAAUCCAAGAAAUCGAGUCGUGAAUCCAAGAAUUCGAAUCGUGAAUACAAGAAGUCGAAUCGUGAAUCCAAGAAGUCGAGUCGUGAAUCCAAGAAAUCGAAUCGUGAAUGCAAGAAGUCGAAUCGUGAAUCCAAGAAAUCGAGUCGUGAAUCCAAGAAAUCGAAUCGUGAAUACAAGAAGUUGAAUCGUGAAUCCAAGAAGUCGAAUCGUGAAUCCAAGAAAUCGAGUCGUGAAUCCAAGAAAUCGAAUCGUGAAUACAAGAAGUCGAAUCGUGAAUCCAAGAAAUCGAGUCGUGAAUCCAAGAAAUCGAAUCGUGAAUCCAAGAAAUCGAAUCGUGAAUACAAGAAGUCGAAUCGUGAAUCCAAGAAGUCCAAUCGUGAAUCCAAGAAUCGAGUCGUGAAUCCAAGAAAUCGAGUCGUGAAUCCAAGAAAUCGAAUCGUGAAUCCAAGAAAUCGAAUCGUGAAUCCAAGAAAUCGAAUCGUGAAUCCAAGAAGUCGAGUCGUGAAUCCAAGAAAUCGAGUCGUGAAUCCAAGAAAUCGAGUCGUGAAUCCAAGAAGUCGAAUCAUGAAUCCAAGAAAUCGAAUCGUGAAUCCAAGAAGUCGAGUCGUGAAUCCAAGAAAUCGAGUCGUGAAUCCAAGAAAUCGAGUCGUGAAUACAAGAAGUCGAAUCGUGAAUCCAAGUAAUCGAGUUGUGAAUCCAAGAAAUCGAAUCGUGAAUACAAGAAGUCGAGUCGUGAAUCCAAGAAAUCGAAUCGUGAAUACAAGAGGUCGAAUCAAGUCGGAUCGCGAAUCCAAGAAAUCGAUUCGUGAAUCCAAGAAAUCGAAUCGUGAAUCCAAGAAGUCGAAUCGUGAAUUCAAGAAGUCGAAUCGUGAAUCCAAGAAAUCGAGUCGUGAAUCCAAUAAAUCGAAUCGUGAAUCCAAGAAUCGAGUCGUGAAUACAAGAAGUCGAAUAGUAAAUCCAAGAAAUCGAAUCGUGAAUCCAAGAAAUCGAGUUCGUGAAUCCAAGAAAUCGAAUCGUGAAUCCAAGAGUCGAAUCGUGAAUCCAAGAAGUCGAAUCGUGAAUCCAAGAAAUCGAAUCGUGAAUCCAAGAAAUCGAGUCGUGAAUCCAAGAAGUCGAAUCAAGUCGAAUCGUGAAUCCAAGAAAUCGAGUCGUGGAUCCAAGAAAUCGAAUCGUGAAUCCAAGAAGUCGAAUCGUGAAUCCAAGAAGUCGAAUCGUGAAUCCAAGAAAUCGAAUCGUGAAUCCAAGAAAUCGAGUCGUGAAUCCAAGAAGUCGAAUCGUGAAUCCAAGAAGUCGAAUCGUGAAUCCAAGAAGUCGAAUCGUGAAUCCAAGAAAUCGAGUCGUGAAUCCAAGAAAUCGAGUCGUGAAUCCAAGAAAUCGAGUCGUGAAUCCAAGAAAUCGAGUCGUGAAUCCAAGAAGUCGAAUCGUGAAUCCAAGAAGUCGAAUCGUGAAUCCAAGAAGUCGAAUCGUGAAUCCAAGAAAUCGAGUCGUGAAUCCAAGAAGUCGAGUCGUGAAUCCAAGAAAUCGAAUCGUGAAUACAAGAGGUCGAAUCGUAAAUCCAAGAAAUCGAGUCGUGAAUCCAAGAAAUCGAAUCGUGAAUCCAAGAAGUCGGAUCGCGAAUCCAAGAAAUCGAGUCGUGGAUCCAAGAAAUCGAAUCGUGAAUCCAAGAAGUCGAAUCGUGAAUCCAAGAAGUCGAAUCGUGAAUCCAAGAAAUCGAAUCGCGAAUCCAAGAAAUCGAGUCGUGAAUCCAAGAAGUCGAAUCGUGAAUCCAAGAAGUCGAAUCGUGAAUCCAAGAAAUCGAGUCGUGAAUCCAAGAAGUCGAAUCGCGAAUCCAAGAAGUCGAAUCGCGAAUCCAAGAAAUCGAGUCGUGAAUCCAAGAAAUCGAAUCGUGAAUCCAAGAAGUCGAAUCGUGAAUCCAAGAAGUCGAAUCGUGAAUCCAAGUAG